AUGCAUAAAAAUUCAAGGACAGCUCACGGAAGAGCCUUGGAUUCAUAUCCAUCAGGAGAAGACGAGUCCCCUUUUCGUCUUCAGUAUUGUCCUGAUUGUAACUACUUUACCCAAAAGAAAUAUCGCAUGUGGAUACAUUUAUGGACACACAAGCGUGCUCACACUGGAGAACGUCCUUUCCUUCGCAAUGUACAUCGAAAGGGUACUUUGUAUGGGACUCAUCAUGAGUACAUUCCUGGUAUAGAAAUUACCAGGAAAAUUCAUACUUGUACAAUUUGCAACUACAAGUCAAGUGGUACUUCAAAUAUGAAAAAGCACCUUCGCAAGCACACUGGAGAAAAACCUUACGUUUGCUCAGUUUGCCAGAAAGCUUUUACUCAGCAGCACAACCUCAAGUACCACAUACGAUCUCAUGGUUUUAAAGUUUUAAGCUCUGAAUCAAGUCGAAACAGUUUUGUAGAUUAA